AUGGCAUCCGAAGCCUCGAACCCGGAAGCUAAGAAGCUCACAGUUGAAGACCUUCCCGAUCUCCUCGCCAGCGACAAUUCUGUCAAGCUCGCCGGCAUCGACGUCGACGGGAUCUUGCGAGGGAAGCUCGUCUCCAAGAAGAAGUUCCUCUCCAUCGCCUCCAGCGGCUUUGGCUUCUGCUCUGUUAUCUUCGGCUGGGACAUGCACGACAAGACGUACAUACGCGAGCUCAAAAUAAGCAACAGUGAGAACGGAUACCAGGAUAUCAUUGCCGUGCCAGACCUGAGCACCUUCCGACGAAUCCCCUGGGAGAACAAUGUGCCCUUCUUCUUGGUCAGUUUCCACGACCCCGACACCAACGAACCCGUUUCGGCGUGUCCACGGGGUUUGUUGAAGACACAAUUGGAGAAGCUGAAAGCUCGGGGAUAUGGAGCCAUGGCUGGUGCCGAGUACGAGUUCUACCAAUUCAAAGCUCCCACCGAACCUUCCGGCACCUCGACGACCUCGACGGCCGCCUACCUUCGUGACAACGCACCCCAUACGCUACCCGCUCUUACGGAAGGCAUGUUUGGGUACAGCUUGACCCGGCCGAUGGAGAACAAGGACUAUUACUACGACAUCUUCAACACUUGCGACACGUUCGGGUGUAAUAUCGAAGGGUGGCACACUGAAAGCGGGCCGGGGGUUUUUGAGGCGGCGUUGGAGUUUGGCGAGAUCAAGCAGAUGGCAGAUCGCGCGAGUCUGUUCAAAUACGUCGUCAAGUCGGUGGCCACAAAAUACGGCAUCACGCCAUGCUUCAUGGCAAAGCCAAAGCAGGGCCUACCAGGUAACUCGGGCCACAUGCAUAUAUCGCUCGUAGACGCCACGAGCGGCGAGAACCUGCUAGUCCGCGACCCUCCGGACCCGGACCCCCCCUACCCGGACGUCGCUCGCCUGUCGGACCUGGGCCGCCACUUCCUGGCGGGCAUCCUGGACGGCCUGCCCGACGUGAUGCCGCUCCUGGCGCCGACGGUCAACAGCUACAAGCGGCUGGUGGAGAACUUCUGGGCGCCCGUGACGGUGUCGUGGGGGCUCGAGCACCGUGCCGCCGGCGUGCGCCUGAUCACGCCCCCGACGGCCAAGCCGGCCGCCACGCGCCUCGAGGUCCGCGUCCCCGGCGCCGACGCGAACCCGCACUUCGUCCUGGCGGCGCUGCUGGGGCUCGGGUGGAGGGGCGUCGAGAGGGAGCUCGACCUGCCGUGCCCGCCGCUGGGGAGGGGCGAGGACGCCGGCGGGGCGGGGGACGCGGGGGAGAGGCUGGCGAGGAGCCUCGGGGAGGCGAAUGCGCGGUUCAUGAGGGCCGGGAGUGUCGCGCGGGAGGUGUUUGGGGACGCGUUUGUGGAGCACUUUGGUGGGACGAGGGAGCAUGAGAUUCGCCUGUGGGAGGAGGCCGUUACGGACUGGGAGGUGAGGAGGUAUAUCGAGACGGUGUGA